CUCAACGUUCCAAAUGACGCAACAAUACAGUUCCAGAACAGAGAAAGUUAAUGCCGAAGAUGUUAUUCGGUUCCACACUAAAACUGCGCUUUGACAAGUGUGAUUUGAGAAAUAAAACUUGUAGACCUUUCCUGCAGUCUCUGAGGAGAUGGACACCUCUUCUUCUUCUGGACAAUCUCCGUCUCCUACUGGGACUGUCUUCUUACCCCCUCCUAUCAUGUGGAACAGUCUAUACAAGCAGGCAGAGAUGGAGGUUCAGUUCCUGAGGGAAGAGAAGAAGACCUGUACAGAGAAGGAAGCCCACAUGCUUGAGUUGAGGGGGAAGGAUCGAACGAUCCGAAAUCAGAAGAAGGAGAUGGACAGACUUCAAGUGUGCCUCUGGGAAGAGGAAAAGAAGAAGAGGAAUGGUGAAACGGAGGAGGACGCGAUGAUUGAACAACUACAGUCUGAGACAGACCAUCUCAGAGCCCUUUUGAAAGAUGAAAGGAGGAGAAGAAGAGUAGAAAGGGGUAUUAUGAAAGAGUGGAAGGCUGAGAUCCUGAGACUGAGGGAGGCAGAGAGCCACAGGGAGGCAGGAAGCCAGAGGGAGGCAGAGAGCCAGAGGGAGGCAGAGAGACAGAGGGAAGCAGAGAGAAAGAGGGAAGCAGAGAGACAGAGGGAGGCAGAGAGAGCCACAGAAUGGGAGAACCAGAGACAAAUGCAGGAAGUCAACAGACUCAAACAACUGCUGGAGCUGCUGAUGGUGGACCUACAACUGGCCCAUGUAAGACAUGUCAUUGUUAUUAUUAAAAGGCAGUGUAUGUUCACCCGGCUGAAAAUGAAUGGCGGCAGACAGCUGUAUGCUAACCCAAUGUUAACUUUUAUGCCUUUCCUAAACGUUAACCCUUACCUUAACCUCACUGAAACUAUACCUAACCUUUACCAUAACCCAACCCUAGGUCCUAAACCUAACCUUCAUUUAUCUCAACCCCUACGCCUUUCUUCUGCCGGUUGAAUAUCCACUUCCUUAUUAACGUCAUUACUGUUGUUGUUGAUAACUGUAUCUGUGCAGGUUGUAAAUAAUUGCAUUAGUGAAACAUCAUUUGUAGGAGUAAUUUCUACAAGCAUAAACAUCAGAGGCAACAUUAAAUUGCAAUGGGAAUUUCUCAAACCCCUAACUGAAUGGGCAAGCUAGUUGUGUGUUUGUAUUUGUACACAUUUUGGACAUAAUUGAUUCCAUAAAAUGUCUCAUAAUUUUUCAAACCAUGUCAAUACAUUAAUUGACAAUGAAUUGUCCAGAUGAAUUGAUCAAAAUGACCCUGCUAUUGAUGUUGUUCAGUGUUUGAUUCAAUUACCUAGGUCUAAGUUGUAUUUGUAUGUAUCAUUCUCUGCAAAUGCUUUGAAAGUAUGUCUUGGUCAUAGAUUAUCACUAAUUUAACCUUUUAAAUUUAAGCAAGAGAUAGAGAGAUUGAGGCUAUGGCAGAAAGUCAUGGAGGAUCAGCGACCAAGACUGGCCUGGAACAACAAACCUAUUGAGACAGAAAGAGAGAGGGACAAGGAGAAAGAAAGGGAGAUGGAAAGGGAGAGAAAAGCAGAAUUGGAAAGACAAGAAAUGAAGAAGAAAGUGAAACAGGCAGAAGAAACGAUAAAAGUGUUAGAACGAGAGAUUGAGAGAUUGAAAGAGACUGAAAAGGAAAUCAUAUUUGAAAGAGAAAGAGACAUGCAUAUUGCAGAGAAUGAGAAAGUCAAACUGGUUAACGAAAAGGUGAAAGAGUUAGAGAGAGAGGUUGAGAGACUGAAAGAAGAUAUGACAACAAAAGAGAUUCAAUACAAAAUCAAAUUUGAAAGAGCGAAAGAAGCAUAUAGAAGACAGAAUGAGAGAGUGAAACAGGUUAACCAAAAUGUACUAGUGUUAGACAGAGAGGUUGCGAGAAUGAAAGAAGAGAUUAGAUUGAAAGACGAGACUGAACCAGAGAGAACAUUUGAUAGAGACAGAGAGAGAGAAAAUGAUUGGAGACGAAGUGAAGAGGAGAUGAAAAAUAGAGUGGAGAGAGAGAUUGAGAUGGAGACAGCCCUCAUCAAUGACAAAAAUAAGUCUGAAUUGGAGGAAGUCUUCAAGAAAAUCAAGAAACAGCUGAAAGAAUUAGAAAACAUGGAAACAGACAAAUAUAAAUGGAAACAGAACCAAAUGGACAUGGAGGAGAAGAUGGAGGGUGAGCUCAACAAACAGAAAGAGGUAGAAAGAAAGAGAAUGGAGAAAAUACCAAAACAGAGACAACAAGAAGAUGAGAAGAAGAAGGAGAUGGAGAGAGAAGAAGAAGAGGAGAGACGCAAACAGAAGCACAUAGAGAUGGAAGAGGAAGAAAGAGGGAGAGAAAAAGAGAAACAGAGAGAGAUCAAAAGGAAGAGAAUGGAGAAGAGACAGAAAAAUAUGGAAAGAGAAGAAGAGAGACAGAGAGAGAUUGAAAGAGAGUAUGAAGAAGAAAGAUGUAAACAGAAGCAAAUAGAGAUGGAAGAGAAAGAAAGAGAAGAAGAGAGACAGAGAGCGAUCGAGGAGAAAGAGAGAAAGAGAGAGAUGGGAGAGAAAAAGAGACGACAACAACAAGAGGAGAGAAAGAGAACGUUUGAGAGAUAUCAAGAAGAAGAAGAUAUAUUGAAACAGAAGCAAAUUGACAUGGAGAAGGAGGGAAGAGAAAAGGAGAACAAGAGACAGAGAGAGAUAGAAGAGAUACACAGAGGACAACAACAAGAGGAGAGACAGAAACAAAUGGAGAAAGAGAAAGAAAGGGAGAAAGACAAUGAGAAUCAGAGAGAGAUGGAAUUAAAAGAUCAGCAACAGAAAGCGAUGGAGAAAGAAAAGAUGAUCAUGAGAGAGAGGGAGGAAGCAGGAAGAAGAAAGGAGGGGCAGAAAAAUAUUUUGGGGGAAAUUGAAGGACAGAAUGAACUGGAGAUAGAACAGGAGAGAGAGAUGGAAGAAAUGCAGGAAGUGAUUAAGGAAGCAGAGGAAGAGUACAGGGAAAGAGAAGAGAGAGGAAAGGAAGUAAGCAUGAAGAAACAUGUAGUAGUUAAUGUUAAAGCAAAAGCACAGGAGGUCUUCAAUAGACGUAAAGAGAGAAGGUUAGAAGUGUUGAAGGGGGAACGAGAACACAUAGAAAGAGGACAACAAAUCAGGAGGGAGAAGGAGGAAAGACGGCUGGAGAUGGAAAGAAAACAGGAGAGGGCAAGACAACAAGAGGAGCAGGAUAAAAAACAAGAGAUUGAAAUUGCUAGACAGAAAGAAAUGUUCAGACUAAGAGAGGAAGAGAGGCAGAGAGAGGAGGAGAGAAAGAGAGCCGUUAAAGGCCAUUUAGCUUUAUUCAGAGAGAGAGCGAUAAUAGAGGCAAACAGAAGAGAGGAGAUGGCGGAAGAGGAACGAAGGGAGAUCCUUGAAAAAAACAAGAGGGGUGACUUAGAGGAGGAGGAGGAAAAGGAAGAAGACAAGGAGGACAUUCUCCCACCUGAUAAAAGUAUCCGAAGGAGAGCUGUGGGCUGGCUAAAUAAGAAGUGGGAGAAGAGGAACAUCAAAAAGAUCGAGAGAACGUAUCAGAGAGAAGCUGAGGAGGGCUAUAAGAUCGUCCACAUAGCCAUCCCUGGACACACAAGGCUAACAACCACCAUGACCCGGGCAGAGAGAGAGAGGGAGAAGAGGAAGGAGCUGUUGAAGGCUGAGGAGAGAAGGAAGAAGAUGGAGGAUUUCAAUAAGCAGUGGAGAGAGCAGUCCCUGCUUAAAAAACAAAUUCAUCAGAAACUGAAGGAGGAGAGAGGGAAGAUGAAGGGACAUUACCUGGAGCAGAUGAAUCUGGAGGCUGAUGCUCAAAUCAACACCCGGUGUCUCACCACCCAACACAGCCACGAUUAUCUGGAGACAACACAGCCCACUAGAUCUGGAGAUGGCCACCAGGAAAGGCCAAGGAGGCAACAGGCAUGGGCAGAGAACCAAGAGGGGAGUUCAGAUAACCAGCAGGAGUGGCCAGAGAACCAACAGGGGGGGCCAGACAGCCAGCAGCUAGAAGCUCCAGAAGAGGCUGAAACAUCAGAGCCCACCUCCAAGAACAAGAAAAGGCCAGGCAUCUGGAAGAGAAUUAAGAUGGGCAUUCCUGACGUGCUGUCUGCCUAGAGCUGGAACUCGAAGAAGCCACAGUUCCACUGAGGUUACGUUGGUCAUUAAAAGGGUCGCCCAAUAAUUCCUCCUCCUCUAUAAGUCAUCAAGCCACAUUUCCUCCACAAAACAUGAUAGUCUCCUCAAGCCAGCAAGUAUCCUCUUUAUCAGGCAACAAACCAUCGAAGGUCAGUGACCCUCCUCCCCAGAGCAGAGGUUCUCAUCUUUAUCCUAAUUAAUUUCAUCUCUGCUCACCACCUCUACUGUCCUAGAAAAUAUCGCCAAAUGGACAUGGUUUGAACAGAAGUCCUCCCCUCAGACCAGUGGCUCCACAAACCAGGGUUUUUCAUCUUUAUUCAAGUUGAACGCAACUCUGAUCAUUUCCACCACCUCACCUGUUAAGGGGAGGUGCUGAAAAGGAGGUCUGGGAGGAGGUCUGCAUGUAGCCUAGACUGGACCGGUAGCAGCUAAGUUGCUGGCUCCAUCCCCAGGCAGAGCUGCUCAAGUCAGGCCAGUGAUGUUUGACGAUGUCAUUUUUGUUAUUAAAGUUUUACGUUUUAAUAAAAGCAUUCAUUAAAAAAGCAAUAUUGUUGU